GUAUUGGAACCUCUGACCGGAAUAUAAUAUAAACGUAGAAAUGUUUUUGGAAGUCCUGUUCGCUGCUCCACUUGUGAUUUUCAUUUUUCGCAAGUUAUGGGCUCAUUUGAAUAGGACCUAUUUCAUCCUGAGUCUUUGCAAACGAAUUCGAACAGAAGACGGUAGUUUGUUGGAAAGUAAAAUUUACGUAGCGCCGAGCAAAACCCGAUUUGGAAACAACUUUGACCUCGUAAACUUUACAUCUGAAAGCAUAUUUAACUUCAUGAGAGAUGCAUCUGCAAAAGCGAAAGGUCGAAACUAUCUAUGGUAUUUUUUCCAUGCACCCAUGUAUAAUAUUGUUCGGGCCGAGGAAGCCGAGGAGAUAUUGCAAAGUUCCAAGCUUAUUACCAAAAAUAUGAUCUACGAGCUUUUGAAACCGUUUUUGGGCGAAGGACUGCUGAUUAGCACAGAUCAGAAAUGGCACUCUAGAAGAAAAGCCCUGACUCCUGCUUUUCACUUUAAGGUGCUGCAAUCUUUUCUGAUCAUAUUCAAAGAAGAGUGCAAUAAACUUGUGAAAGUCCUGCAUCAAAGUGUGAAUAUGGAGUUGGAGCUCAAUCAGGUUAUUCCUCAGUUUACGCUAAACAAUGUUUGCGAAACCGCACUGGGAGUAAAACUUGAUGACUUGUCGGAGGGUAUUCGAUAUCGCCAGUCGAUUCACGCCAUUGAAGAAGUUAUGCAGCAGCGCUUAUGCAAUCCGUUCUUCUAUAACAUUGUGUAUUUCUUUCUAUUCGGCGACUAUCGAAAGCAGGUGAAUAAUUUGAAGAUAGCCCACGAGUUUUCCAGUAACAUCAUAGAGAAAAGGAGGAGCCUCUUCAAAAGCAACCAGCUUGGUCAAGAGGAUGAAUUUGGCAAGAAGCAGCGAUACGCCAUGCUUGAUACCCUGUUAGCAGCCGAAGCAGAUGGUCAGAUCGAUCAUCAGGGUAUCUGCGAUGAGGUCAAUACCUUUAUGUUCGAGGGAUACGAUACUACGUCCACCUGUCUAAUAUUUACCCUAUUGAUGCUGGCACUCCACGAGGAUGUCCAGAAGAAGUGCUAUGAGGAGAUCAAAUACCUUCCCGAUGAUAGCGACGAUAUCAGUGUGUUUCAGUUUAAUGAACUGGUCUAUAUGGAAUGUGUGAUCAAGGAAUCUCUUCGCUUGUUUCCCUCGGUGCCUUUCAUUGGACGUCGGUGCGUGGAGGAGGGUGUGGUCAACGGUUUAAUCAUGCCCAAGAACACCCAAAUCAACAUUCACCUUUACGAAAUCAUGAGGGAUGCCCGACACUUUUCAAACCCAAAAAUGUUUCAACCGGAUCGAUUCUUUCCGGAGAACACAGUGAAUCGUCAUCCCUUCGCUUUUGUGCCAUUUAGUGCGGGACAAAGGAAUUGCAUUGGUCAAAAGUUUGCUAUCCUAGAGAUUAAAGUUCUUCUGGCUGCGGUCAUCAGGAAUUUUAAAAUAUUACCUGUUACUCUUCUCGAUGAUCUUACUUUUGAAAAUGGAAUUGUGCUGCGAACGAAGCAAAAUAUUAAAGUUAAACUGGUGCAUAGGGAAAAUAAAUAAGCCAAUAAGCUUGUUUAUAGAGCAUGUCUACUUUUAUAAAUUCAAUGGCGUCGUAGUAUCCAAACCAAACAGAUUUUAUUAUAACAGAACGUCAAAACACAAUUUCUAGAAAUAAACAACCAUUAGAAAUUCC